ACUAUGAUUGUUGCGAACAUCGCCGGCUCAGCAUGAUACAUUAGAUUGACCGUAAUUCAAAACCAGAAGUAAAUCACUAACAUCAUAUCACUAUUCGAAAUCAACUACCUUUGGCUGGACCAGGAAGAAACCAAAUGAUGGGGUACCUUCCGCCUUAGGCAUAAAUCACAUGACCCCACGGAAGCGAAACGCUAAGCCCUGCCCGCACAAAAAAACUACCACUACGAACGGCUUGACAGACGGUCGACAACCUCAUCAUCGCCAGUCCAUACACUCAGCUCGCCGUCGCGACAAGUCUUCAAGAUGCCGAGCCACAAGAGUUUCCGCACCAAGCAGAAGCUUGCCAAAGCUCAGAGACAGAACCGUCCUAUCCCCCAGUGGAUUCGUCUCAGGACCGGUAACACCAUCAGAUACAACGCCAAGCGUAGGCACUGGCGCAAGUCCCGUCUCGGAGUCUAAAUUCGUCCUUUGGAACCACACACACCAACCGACUUUUUCGAUUCCGCCCCGAGAAAUGUCUCUGUCCACCUGCUGCUUUCCCGGGGGAAAAUGUUUCGUUCAGUUGCUGUGAUACCGCUGCCAACAUCAACAACUCUUGUGUGCCGCUACUGCUCGCGAUGAUAAAAAAAGAACAAAAAAUCCACUUGCAUCAUUAUAGAUUAUGUUGCCUCAAAUC